ACCACUUCCGGGUCUUCGUGGUUUGCAAAGGUAAGAUGGAGUCAUCGAGAAAGUUUGAGCUGACCACUCUGUACUUUUAAAUGCAUCGACUGGUUCACACGUGGAGAAGACAAGAGAGUGGACCAGCGGUAGACUUGCUGGGUGCACGAAGUCCCGAAGCGGAGGAGCAGGUCACCGUCUUGUGGCCCCCGAGGACUUAACUUCUGCACAGCAGUCGAGCAGCCCGGCUAUUCAGCUGUCAAGAGCGCGACUGCUUCUGGAGACGUGCAACACAUGAAAGGAAGGACGAACCCUUGAUAAUGUCGACACAUGCAUUCUUGUUUCGCGAGGUGAUAUAAGCUGAAAAAACGUGGACGACACUGUACAUGAGCCCUAUUUUUCAACAGUGUGCCAUCGGGGAAACUUUUCUACGUAAUACUGAAAUCAUCCUCUCACGUUGCUGUGUUUAAUACUCUAUCACGUUUUAAGUGUCGUAUUUAAAUAAAUUUACAAAAUGUCGCUUGAAGAUUAUGAGAGGCACUUUGAUUCAUUGAAUUCUGAUUUUGGAAGCGAACUAAGCCGAUCUGGAUCUCGGUCUGCCUCCGGUUCCUUCACUGGAGAGCAGGAAAAACUGCACUACAUCCCGAUCCGACUGCUGGGGAGAGGAGCCUUCGGGGAAGCGAACCUGUACAAGAGAGCCGAGGAUAAUUUAUUGGUAGUUUGGAAAGAAAUAGAUCUUAAUCGCCUUUCAGAAAAAGAGAGGGGUGAUGCCAUGAACGAAAUUUUCAUUCUGUCUGUUCUGCAACAUGAUAACAUUGUAGGCUAUUACAACCACUUCCUGGACAAGAACACUCUUCUGAUUGAGCUUGAAUACUGCAAUGGUGGGAAUCUUUACGACAAAAUUAUUCAACAGAAAGGAAAACUGAUUCCACAAGAGACCGUGAUCUGGUAUUUAUACCAGAUAGCAUCUGCUGUGGCUCACAUUCACAAAGCAGGAAUUAUUCACAGGGACAUCAAAACCUUAAAUAUUUUUCUAACAAAAACCAACUUGAUCAAAUUAGGAGACUAUGGACUAGCUAAACAGCUGAAUUCUCAGUAUCCUAUGGCUGAAACUUGUGUAGGUACCCCCUAUUACAUGUCCCCAGAGCUCUGUCAAGGUGUGAAAUACAGCUUCAAAUCGGACAUCUGGGCUCUGGGCUGUGUCAUCUUUGAACUAUUGACUUUGACAAGAACAUUUGAUGCAACAAACCCCUUAAACUUAUGUGUGAAGAUUGUACAAGGAAAUCGAGCCAUGGAGAUGGAUUCCAAAGUAUUCUCUGAAGAGAUAAUUAACCUUGUGCAUGACUGCUUAAAUCAGGAUCCAGAUAAGAGACCCACAGCCGAGCAGAUACUCGAGCUUCCAAUUUUAUACAAACGCAGACUAGAAUUAGAGGAGAAGGUCUGCAGACUAAAUGGCCCUAAUAAACGACCAAGGUUAAGCACAGUUACUGAAACAUCUAUUGCUGUUGUAACCUCUCGGUCCAGUGAAGUUUAUUUUUGGGGAGGUGGUAAGUUUACUCCACAGAAACAAGAUGCUUUCAAAGGAGGAUGUAGUGCCCAUCAGGUGUGUGCAGGAGAAACUCACUUUGCGGUUGUGACUGUUGAGAAGGAGCUGUACACUUGGGCAAAUGUGCAGGGAGGAGCGAAAAUGGUUGGCCAGCUUGGACAUGGAGACCAGGCAUCCUACAGACAACCAAAGAGAGUUGAAAGGCUGCAAGGAAAAGCUAUUCGCCAAGUGGCCUGUGGAGCAGAUUUCACAGCCUGCAUAACGGAUGAAGGCCACAUGUACAUGUUUGGCUCCGAUUAUUAUGGCUGCAUUGGAGUGGAUGGAGAACUUGGAGAGGAGGUCCUUGAACCUGUCCUGCUUGAGUUUUUUCUUUCCAACCCAGUGAAACAGGUGUCUUGUGGGGACAACCAUGUAGUUGUUCUUACUCAGGAUAAAGAAGUCUACUCUUGGGGAUAUGGAGAGCAUGGUCGCCUGGGCUUGGACUCAGAAGAUGACUGGUCAUCUCCACAAAAGGUGAAUGUGCCAAAAAGCUUAAGCAUUUCUUCAGUCCAUUGUGGUUCGGAUGGGACUUUUUUUUUGACCCAGUCAGGGAAAGUUCUAGCUUGCGGAAAUAAUGAAAUGAAUAAACUUGGCCUCAACCAGUUUAUAUCAGGAAUAAAGAACCAUUCCCAAGAGGUCCAUCAGGAGAUCCCUUACACUACUUCUUUAACUAUAGCAAAGCAGCUGGCCAGAUUUAAAAUCCGAUCAAUUGCUCCAGGAAAGACGCACACAGCUGUGAUUGAUGAGAGAGGGAGACUGCUUACCUUUGGCUGCAACAAAUAUGGCCAGUUGGGAGUCAGGGAUUACAAAAAGCAUCAUGGUGUAAAUCUUUUGGUGGGUCCCUUUGCUGGGAAGGAGGUCACAAAGGUCUCCUGUGGAGAUGGUUUCACAAUUGCUGCUACACUUGACAACCAGAUUUUUGCUUGGGGCAAUGCUGGUAAUGGUAGACUAGGAAUGCCACCAGGAAAAGGAUUUGGUUCAGAAGUUUGCCCUGCCUUACCUCGUCCAAUUUUUGGCACCUUGCAUCAUGUUCCAGAUCUUUCCUGCCGAGGAUGGCACACGAUACUCAUAGUUGAAAAGGUUCUAAAUUCCAAAACAAUUAGAUCGAAUAGCAGUGGACUGUCAGUAGGCGCUGUUGGCCAAGGUUCAGCCUCUGACCUGGAAAUGCUGAGCAAUCAGGAAUCUGAAGCCUCCAAUGACCGAGGUGGCUCAGGGGGUACUGUGGAAGCUGAUGCUGGAGGACCCAGAUUAGGGACUCCAGCAGAAUAUUUAAAGAAUAUGACUGAUAGCUCAUGUCCUGACUGGCUGCUUAAGGAACUUGAAGAUGCAGAAUUUAUUCCAAUGCCAAAGAAUACACAGGAGUCCAAAGAUCUCUUGCCUUCUUGGCAUGAAAAGCAAACUCUUACUUAUGAAGAGCAAAUGGAUCUAAAGACAAAUGAAGUAGCAAUAAAAGAACAAUCGGAGAUUGAUGAAGCUGAAUUUCUGCCAGCACUCAGUGAGCAUUCUGAGCAUCUGUCCCCUCUGCAUGAGAUUAAGACUUUAACCUAUGAGGAGCAACAGGAAAUAAGAGCGUCAACAGACACUGUGACAAAAAUAAAUCCAAUUUCAGGCAUUGAUAUAGAUAAAAUGAAUGGUACCACUAAAGAGGGCCACACUCACAAAGCAUGUAUCAAUUCCCACUGUGAAAUGGACAGAGUUAGAGUAAUGGAAGAAAACAAGCGCUUGAAUGCAGAACUGCAAUAUUUACGUGCAGAAGUAUGUAAAGUGGCCCAGCUGAAAGAGAUGUUGAUAAGGCAAGAAGAGAAGAUUCAGGUUCUACAGCAGCAGUUUGAUAAUCAGAUGAAAGAAAAUGAGAAGCUGUGGAAAGCAAUUGAAUCUCUGAAAAACUUUAAUUUGGAUCCUGGCCUGGAGAGUAAUCUUCAGGAAAGUCAAGAACCAGCAAGAUGUGCUUCGGACACAGAUGUCAGUCAGUAAGCAGAAUAUUAGGCAUCCUGCUUAUGCUGAAUGAGUGAAUUUGGAUUCUAUCCAAUUCAACACAUGCCCACAUGAGGUUGUUCUGCAUUCGUAGCUACAGUUCAGCAGCAGAAUAUUACAUGGGAUUUUCUCUCCGGCUGUAUCAAGAGUACCUCAAGAAGGACUGAAGGAAAGAGUUAUUGAUACUUGAUUGAAAGGAAUGAUUAUGUAUUUGAAAGUUGGAGGGGCUUGAUCAAUCCCUGUGAAGGUUACUUUGAAGAUUGCUAGGGAACCGAUAUGUGCUGAAAGGUUCUGAGCUAUUUUGAAAUUGUCAUUUGCAAAAUGUUUGCAAUGGCAGACAUAUCUUGAUAAUUAUACAACAUGUUCAGUGCUAUGUCUAGCACAGGAUUUAUUUAAUGAUAAAGUGCCUAUGCCAACUUGAAUGUGGCAUUAAGUUUAUUCCACAGUGCCUUUUCUAGAUGCCAUAAUGCAUCACAUCAUGUCAGCUUUUAAAAAUUUAUCUUGUAUUUUUUAAAUACAGAUGCUAAAUAUAACUUUUUAUAAUGUUGUAUAUCUGUGUGUUUUGACAUUAAUUUUAUUUAAUAUAUGAAAUGGCUGUAAGAGCUAUUUACAUUCUUGCUGUUAACUUCAGAAAGAACAGAUUGGAGUUUUAAGAAUUCAUUUAUGUGUUUAGCCUUUUUAAAACUGCAUAGGCCUCCAGAGAGACAUUUGCAUGAUCAGAUUAUCCAUGUUCACUGUUCUAUUAUUUUUUAUCAGAAUGGUUACAGCAUACAUAUAGGUUGCUGUGAUUCCCAGGAACAAAAAACUACUUUAAUGGUGUAUUGUUUUUGAUUUCACUGUCAUUUGUGUGAAUGUAUGUUGCUAGCCUAGACGGCCAUCAUGAUGCCACCCAGUUUUUCUAUGGGUAUCUUAAAGGUGAAGGGCAGUUUCUAAAUUGCAUGUAAACAAUCUUAUCACUGAUAAUAUAUCCGUUCAGAUUGACUGCUUGUAAAAUGUAUGUUUUUAAAUGUUUAAUUAUUUUAAAUAGAAGAUAUUUGCUGUCAGACUUUUACUUGUCUAUAAUGGAAAGCAACUCAGCAAAAAUUGUCAGUUUUUCCAUAGGUUGUCUUAUGUUUAAAAAUCAGUUAUUGUGGUUUCAUCUGGUAGUACGCAAGUAAGAUACUUUUUUCUUUUUUUAAUGAAAAGAGUAAUGCUGUUUUUUGUUUUAUAUACUUUGUGAAAAUUGCAAAAUGGCAGCAAGUGUUUAAUUUUGUAAUGAUCUGGAUUAGAUAUGUUGCCAUACAUCAGUUACUCUUUGCAGGUUUGUCCAUAAAAAUUGAUUCAGAAUUUAUCCAUUGUAUAGAAAACAAUUGCCUCCACCAUAUUCAUAGCUCACAUAAAUCUGAGCUUCAAUAUUAUCACCCUACAAGUAGAUUAACAUUUUAUUUUCAGUCUUAAGAAGGCCCUUUAUAAAAUGUCUCUCUUAUUGUUUUUUGUCAGAAAGGCUAAGACUGUAAAUUAGAUGAAGACGGUACUUAAAAAUAAAUGUUUUCCCAAUUAAAAAAAGCGGGUUAGCUUAAAUAAGUUAAAUAAAUUCUGCUCAUUUUUUUUCUGAAGUUAAAGCAUAAAGUAUGGUUACAGACAUCACUUUGAUCCUCAUACUACUAAGUUUAAUAUUAAAGUGAAAUAAUUAUUUUAUCAGUUGAAUUUUUGCUAUAAAGUUACUGAAUUAAUUGUAAAGUUUAGUUAUCUACAGACCUACAGUGUACACUUGUGUUUCCUAUCCUCAGAAUGCAAACAUACAAUUCUAAAUGUUUAUUUUUCAGAAAUAAGCCUGCCAUCAGUAAUAUUGGCUAUACUUGUGAAGAGUACUUGUAUUUGUUUUUGCAUUUCCAAUUUAGGGUGUUUUCUUGCCAUUUGAACAUUUAUGUGCAAAAUUGAAUCAAGUAUUUUUGGUGACAGAUUAUUCUGUACACAGUGUACAAAUGUAUGUGCUCAACAGUGUAGUUGUUCUUUUAAUAUUGCACUAUUUUAUAUUAACCUAUUUAAAAUGUACAAGAUACAAGAUUUUUUAGUCUUGUAGGUGUCCCAUUUAACUUUUUCCUUCUUGCGUGCCAAUGAAAUCCAUUCUGGUUUUGAGCUUUUAUUGUGAAUGUACAAUCCUAGUGUGCAUGGCAAUAUGUCAUUUGGAUCAUGAAAGUCAGCCUGGUAACAUUCACUCAUUUUGGUGCCAGCUAUAUAUGGUACAAAUUUUAGAUUUAAACUAUAGGUUAAUAUUUUAAUAAAAGAUUUAGUAAGCAUUUGAGCAUGAUUAACUUAAUUGACAGAAAAAGCACAUUUUAAUUCCAUUCAACUAACACAGUCUACAGAGUAACAGAAUUACAUGCAUAAAUGAGUUUUAAUAUGAUGAAAGGAAAGAUAUGAAGUCAAAUGACAUAUGGUUAAAUAAAUAAAUAUACCGCAUCAACAUGUUGCUUUCAACCACAAAUUAACAACUAAACAAAUGACUCAACCAAACAAUAGUUUUAUUUAUAAAUGGUUAAUUCUUAGAUCUGUUAUUUAUACCUUGUUGUUCCUUGGUAUAUAACAUUUUGCACAUUGAAGUCAAAUUAUUUUGUAGGGUUCAGAUUUCAUAAAUGUGUCAGUCUAAAAUUACACAGUAAAAUUGCACUUGCAUGAACACAGUGGUAAUUUAAGGAAAGUGCAAGUCAGUUAUUUUUCUUUUGCAAUGUGUUCUGAAUAAAGACAUUCAAAUUUGUAUUUAUCACUAAUUGUACAGUAAAAAUUACAGUACAGUACAUUUUGCCACACUGAAAAGUGAUUAUCCUCUAUAUUUUAAGUUUUAUUCCAUAUAAGAUUGUUUACAGGUAUGUGUAGGUUAUUCUUUGUUAUCUAUAGCCACUGUUUAUUAAUUAGUCAUUGCAAAUUCAAAUAUCUGAGAGUCUCAGAAAUAGGAUUUUAAACUGCAAUUUUACAAAUACUACCUUAGAGUAGUAUGGGUGAGGGAGGAAAAUUUGCUUGAUAUUUUGAUGUCUGUAGAAUUAAGACCUAUUUUUGCUUUAUUCCAUGAUUAUGUCUCUAACAAACAUCUGAAACUUUGUCAGUGUUUUUUUUUUUUAAUACUGAAUUUUAUUUUUAGUACAAUUACUGAAUUAGGAUGAAUGUCUUGAAAGUGCAUUAUGUAUGAGUAGCUGAAGGAAGUUGGUGCACCUGAAACUCUGCAAAUUUUUAAGUGAGAUAUAUUUUUGUUGUCAUCCAUAGUAUUUUGAUAGCAUGUUAUAUGUAACUGUGAAUUGGUAAAAACAGAAAAAUGCAACUAAAAAAUUCAAUUUUUGAUGGAAUUUUAACUAUCAAUUACGCAACUACUGAAAUGCAGCCUUUGGUUUUGCAUUUGAUGUUUGCAGGCAUUGUAUACAAUUAUCUUUGCAUUUACUGUUUCUCAUUUAAAAGUGAAUUCAAAAUAUUGUUAUUUUGUGGGUACAAAAUAUAGCCAUGGAAGCUAUAAAAAUGUACUGUUUGUGACAAUAUUUAAUUCUUUACUCACUAAAGUUUAAAAGUUCUGCAUUGCAGUAAAUGGUAAUUCAGUCUUUCAUUUCCCUGCAACUGGAUUUUAUUAUUUGACCUUUUUGAAUUUUAAAAAGGCAUCUUGUUUUAUAUUUCACAUUAACUUUAUGAAUUUGAGAAUUCAUCUUCUAAUACAUUGUUUCUGUAGAUGUGUCAUUUGAUUUACUUUUGGACUUUGUAUAUGUUCAUAGGCAACCAGUAAAAGACAACGGAGUAUGAAUUCUAUAUAAGAAAUCAAUGUUUAUGUUGUUUGUAAUGUGUUUUAUAACAAAAGAAAAAGGGAAAAUCUUUGCAUAUUUAUUGUUAUCUUUACUAGAUUGCAGUUUCUUCAUUGGAAAUGAGCUGUCUCAGUAGGUUUCAAAUAACAAAUCACUGUUGGACAGGAAAACACUUUUCUUUACUAGGUAAUUAUUUUCCAAGCUAUUUGUGUAAUGUUGGGAAUAUUCAUGCUUUUAAUAAAGAAAAUACUUUGUCA